GACGGUGCGGGUAGGCGAUGGCUGAGACGCGCGCAGAGCUCCGCGCGCACGAGAUCUUCACUACGCUGGAAUACGGCCCGGUGCCCGAGAGCUACGCAUGCGCAACGGCCUGGCUGGACACUCAGGACCGGUGCUUGGGCCACUAUGUCAAUGGGAAGUGGUUAAAACCUGUGCACGGGCACAUAGUGCCAUGGUGGGAUCCCAUCUCAGGAGAGAAGUUGGCCACUUGCCUCCAGGCACAGAAGGAGGAUGUGGCUGCAGCAGUGGAAGCAGCUAGGAACUCCUUCCUGAGCUGGAGCAAGCUCCCUGGAGCUGCACGUGCCCAGCACCUGACCAGGUUGGCCAAGAUGAUUCAGAAGCACCAGCGGCUGCUGUGGACCCUGGAGUCCCUGGCGACUGGGCGGGCCAUUCGCGAGGUUCGGGAUGGGGAUGUCCCACUGGCCCAGCAGCUGCUGCAGUUCCACGCAGUCCAGGCGUACACCCAGGAGGAGGCGUUGGCAGGCUGGGAGCCUGUGGGCGUUGUUGGCCUCAUCUUGCCACCCAAGUUCUCCUUCCUUGAGAUGAUGUGGAGGAUUUGCCCUGCCCUGGCCAUGGGAUGCACUGUGGUGGCCCUUGUGCCCCUGGCUUCUCCAACACCCCUCCUCCUGGCCCAGCUGGCAGGGGAGCUAGGAUCCUUCCCGGGGAUAAUCAACGUGAUCAGUGGCCCUGCCUCCCUGGGGCCUGCUCUGGCCUCCUGGCCUGGAGUCCAGAAGGUGGCCUUCUGUGGAGCCAUUGAGGAAGGACGUGCCCUGCGGCGGACGCUGGCAGGUGAGGGGGCUGAGCUGGGCCUGGCGCUGGGCACAGAGUCACUGCUGCUGCUGACAGACUCGGCGGACGUGGACUCAGCUGUGGAGGGUGUUGUGGAUGCAGCCUGGUCUGACCGCAGCCCGGGGGGCCUCAGGCUCCUUGUGCAGGAGUCUGUGUGGGAUGAAACCAUGAAGAGGCUCCAGGUACGCAUGGGCCGGCUUCGAGGUGGCCAAGAGGUGGAUGGGGCCGUGGACAUGGGGGUCAAGGAGCCUACUGCGUAUAUCCUGGCCCGGAACUAUGUGGAGGAGGCCUGGAAGCAGGGUGCACAGGUGUUCCAGGCUAGUGAAAUGCCCUCAGUUAGCCCAUUCUGUCCCCCAACCUUGAUCACUGGUCUGCCCCCUGCCUCCCCAUGCGCCCAAGCAGAGGUGCCAUGGCCUCUGGUCAUGGCCUCCGCUUUCCGCACAGCCAAGGAGGCCUUGGCCAUAGUCAAUGGGACGCCCCGCGGAGGCAGCGCCAGUGUGUGGAGUGAGAGGCUAGGGCUGGCGCUGGAGCUGGGCUAUGGGCUCCAGAUGGGCACAGUGUGGAUCAAUGCCCAUGGCCUUCGAGACCCUGCAGUGCCCACAGGCGGCUGCAAGGAGAGUGGGUCUUCCUGGCACGGGGGCCUGGAUGGUCUGUAUGAGUAUCUGCGGCCCUCAGGGACCCCUGCCCGCGUGCCCUUCCUUUGUGAGAAUCUGAACUAUGACACCUUUGGCCUUGCUGUGCCCCCCACCCUGCCAGCUGGUCCAGAAAUGGGGCCCAGCCCAGCACCUCCCUAUGGAGUCUUCGUGGGAGGCCGUUUCCAAGCCCCUGGGUCCCGGAGCUCCAGGCCUAUCCAGGAUUCUUCUGGCAACCUCCAUGGCUAUGUGGCUGAGGGUGGGGCCAAGGAUGUCCGGGAUGCUGUGGAGGCCGCUCACCAGGCUGCCCCUGGCUGGGCAGGCCAGUCACCAGGAGCCCGGGCAGCCCUACUGUGGGCUCUGGCAGCUGCACUGGAGCGCCGGGUACCCGCCCUGGCGUCGAGGCUGGAGAGGCAGGGAGUGGAGCUCAAGGCAGCCAAGGCGGAGGUGGAGCUGAGCAUUCAGCGACUCCGGACAUGGGGAGCCCAGGCCCAGGCCCAGGGCCACACCCUGCAGGUAGCAGGGCUGAGAGGCCCUGUGCUCCGGCUUCGUGAGCCGCUGGGUGUGCUGGCCAUCGUGUGCCCUGACGAGCUGCCCCUGCUUGCCUUUGUGUCGCUGCUGGCUCCUGCCCUGGCCCAUGGCAACACUGUAGUCUUGGUGCCUAGUGGGACCUGUCCCCUGCUUGCCCUGGAGGUCUGCCAGGAUAUGACCACCCUGUUCCCUGCUGGCCUCGUGAACGUGGUGACAGGAAAUCGGGACCACCUGACCCGCUGCCUGGCCUUGCACCAGGACAUUCAGGCCCUGUGGUACUUCGGAUCUGCUCAGGGCUCCCAGUUUGUGGAGUGGGCCUCAGCAGGAAACCUCAAGCCUGUGUGGGUGAACAGAGGCUGCCCGCGGGCCUGGGAUCAGGAGGCCGAGGGGGCAGGCCCAGAGCUGGCGCUGCGGGCAGCACGGACGAAGGCCCUGUGGCUACCCAUGGGGGACUGAUGUGUGAGUGCCAUGCACCCCACCUCAAAUGCAGAAGAGAUGGAUUCCAGCAGAUGCUAGAUGCCUGGAACGUUCCUCUCGUGGUUCCUGGGUCCCCCAAUAAACUGUCUGACCUGA